AGCACUCAUCCAUAUUCCAUAUCCCAUAUUCCAGAUAUAUAUAUAUAUAUAUCUACUACUACUACUACUACUACUAGACUAGACUAGUAUUGCAAAUAAUUAAUUAAAUGGCUUCGAAAGCUCCGAGCGAGGAGACGGAGAGGUGCCCAAUUGAGGAAGUAGCCCUAGUGGUGCCGGAGACUGAUGAUCCCUCACUUCCAGUGAUGACAUUCCGGGCAUGGAGUCUGGGUAUCACCUCCUGCGUCCUCCUCAUCUUCCUCAACACCUUCUUCACUUUCCGGACCCAACCCCUCACCAUCUCCGCCAUUCUUAUGCAAAUCGCCGUUCUCCCCAUCGGCCGCUUCAUGGCCGCCACUCUUCCAAAUAGGCAAGUCACCCUUUUCAGAAUUUGGACCUUUAACCUAAAUCCAGGGCCGUUCAAUAUCAAGGAGCAUGUGAUUAUCACCAUUUUCGCCAAUUGUGGGGUUUCUAUUGGGGGCGGAGAUGCUUACUCCAUUGGAGCCAUCACCGUCAUGAAGGCCUAUUAUAAGCAAACCCUAAGCUUUCUUUGUGGCAUUCUCAUUGUCCUCACUACUCAGAUAUUGGGAUAUGGAUGGGCUGGAAUGCUGAGAAGGUAUCUGGUUGAGCCUGUUGAAAUGUGGUGGCCUUCUAAUCUUGCUCAGGUUUCUCUCUUCAGGGCUCUACAUGAGAAGGAUGCCAAGUCAAAAGGACCAACAAGGAUGCAGUUCUUCCUUAUAUUCUUUGUGGCGAGCUUUGCUUACUAUGCUCUGCCGGGCUAUCUCUUCCCCAUGUUGACCUUCUUUUCAUGGGUGUGCUUGGUGUGGCCUCAUAGCAUUACUGCUCAGCAAAUAGGAUCAGGUUAUCACGGUCUAGGAGUUGGUGCUUUCACUCUGGACUGGGCUGGCAUAUCUGCAUACCAUGGCAGCCCUUUGGUUACUCCAUUUUCCUCCAUUCUCAAUGUAGCUGUCGGUUUCAUAAUGUUCAUCUACAUUAUAGUUCCUUUGUGCUACUGGAAGUUCGACACUUUCGAUGCUCGGAAGUUCCCCAUAUUCUCCAAUCAGCUCUUCACCACCACAGGGCAGAAGUAUGAUACAACCAAGAUAUUGACACCAGACUUUGAUCUCAAUGUAGCAGCAUAUGAAAAUUAUGGGAAGCUCUAUCUCAGCCCUCUGUUUGCACUGUCUAUUGGUUCAGGUUUCGCCCGGUUUACUGCAACCAUUACCCAUGUCUUACUCUUCCAUGGAAGUGAUAUAUGGAAGCAAAGCAAGUCAGCCAUGAGUUCUGUGAAGCUGGAUAUCCAUGCCAAGCUCAUGAGGAAUUACAAGCAAGUUCCUCAGUGGUGGUUCCUUAUCCUUUUAGCAGGAAGCAUAAUUUUCUCACUGUUGAUGUCAUUCAUCUGGAAAGAGGAUGUGCAGCUGCCAUGGUGGGGCAUGCUCUUUGCUUUUGGAUUGGCUUGGGUGGUUACUCUUCCCAUUGGAGUCAUCCAAGCCACCACAAAUCAGCAACCUGGGUAUGAUAUUAUAGCGCAGUUCAUGAUUGGUUAUGUCCUCCCUGGAAAGCCCAUUGCCAACCUCCUGUUCAAGAUAUAUGGACGCAUAAGCACUAUCCAUGCUCUGGCCUUCCUCUCCGACCUCAAGCUCGGCCAUUACAUGAAAAUACCACCCAGAUGCAUGUACACCGCUCAGCUUGUAGGAACCGUUAUAGCAGGGAUUGUGAACCUGGGUGUAGCAUGGUGGAUGUUAGAUAGCAUUGAGAACAUCUGCGACGUGGAAUCAUUGCAUCCUGAUAGUCCAUGGACUUGUCCUAAAUACAGGGUCACCUUUGACGCUUCAGUAAUAUGGGGGCUCGUUGGUCCCGGUCGGCUUUUCGGUCACGGCGGGCUGUACCGAAACUUAGUGUGGUUGUUCCUCAUUGGAGCAGUGCUACCAGUGCCAGUAUGGGUGCUCAGCAAGAUAUUCCCUGACAAGAAGUGGAUUCCCCUCAUCAAUGUGCCUGUGAUCUCAUACGGGUUCGCCGGCAUGCCUCCGGCGACCCCUACAAACAUAGCAAGCUGGCUUAUCACCGGAACCAUCUUCAACUACUUUGUGUUUAAAUACAGGAAGAACUGGUGGCAGAAGUACAACUAUGUGUUGUCAGCUUCACUGGAUGCAGGGACAGCGUUUAUGGGGGUCUUGCUCUUCUUUGCGCUCCAGAAUGAAAACAGAAACUUGCACUGGUGGGGUGCCAGCGAAGUUCUUGAUCACUGCACACUGGCAUCAUGCCCCACCGCACCUGGAAUUGCCGUCAAAGGAUGCCCCGUGUUCUAGGGACUAGAGCAAUAUAAUAAUAUUUUUAUAUUUUUAUAUUUAUUUGAACAUCGUAGUGUGCUUACUGCUGCUUAAUUGGUGGUUCUCUUCUUGCAUUCUGUGCCUCAUUAAUUAGUGGUUCUUCUUGCAUGGAGGAGAAUGUACAGUCUACAGCGGCUACCUUCCUUUGUCCUAAAUGCAAUAACUAGUGUUGGCAUGACC